GCCGGAUAGUGCGUCACGGAGCGCGUGUGCGCACGCCGUAGGGGGCGGGCCGUUCGGGCUUGGUUUCCUGGGCGACCACCGCUGGCUAGUUCGUUAGAGGUGUGCGGGUUUUGGAGGCGUGCGGGCUUCGGAGGCGUGCGGGCUUCGGGUGCCAUGGGGACUCCUCCGGGCCUACAGACCGACUGCGAGGCGCUGCUCAGCCGCUUCCAGGAGACGGACAGUGUACGCUUCGAGGACUUCACGGAGCUCUGGAGAAACAUGAAGUUCGGGACUAUCUUCUGUGGCAGAAUGAGAAAUUUAGAAAAGAACAUGUUUACAAAAGAAGCUUUAGCUUUGGCUUGGCGAUAUUUUUUACCUCCAUACACCUUCCAGAUCAGAGUUGGUGCUUUGUAUCUGCUAUAUGGAUUAUAUAAUACCCAACUGUGUCAACCAAAACAAAAGAUCAGAGUUGCCCUGAAGGAUUGGGAUGAAGUUUUAAAAUUUCAGCAAGAUUUAGUAAAUGCACAGCAUUUUGAUGCAGCUUAUAUUUUUAGGAAGCUACGACUAGACAGAGCAUUUCACUUUACAGCAAUGCCCAAAUUGCUGUCAUAUAGGAUGAAGAAAAAAAUUCACCGAGCUGAAGUUACAGAAGAAUUUAAGGACCCAAGUGAUCGUGUGAUGAAACUUAUCACUUCUGAUGUAUUAGAGGAAAUGCUGAAUGUUCAUGAUCAUUAUCAGAACAUGAAACGUGUAAUUUCAGUUGAUAAGUCCAAACCAGAUAAAGCCCUCAGCUUGAUAAAGGAUGAUUUUUUUGACAAUAUUAAGAACAUAGUUUUGGAGCAUCAGCAGUGGCAGAAAGACAGAAAGAAUCCAUCCUUAAAAUCAAAAAUGAAUGAUGGAGAAGAAAAAAUGGAAGGAAAUUCGCAAGAAACAGAGAGAUGUGAAAGGGCAGAAUCGUUAGCGAAAAUAAAAUCAAAGGCCUUUUCAGUUGUCAUACAGGCAUCCAAAUCAAGAAGGCAUCGUCAAGUUAAACUUGACUCUUCUGACUCUGAUUCUGCAUCUGGUCAAGGGCAAGUCAAAGCAACUAGGAAAAAAGAGAAGAAAGAAAGAUUGAAACCAGCAGGAAGGAAGAUGUCUUUCAGAAACAAAGGUAAUGUGCAGAAUAUACACAAGGAAGAUAAACCUUUAAGUCAGAGUAUGCCUGUAAUUACAGAAGAAGAAGAGAAUGAAAGUUUGAGUGGAACAGAGUUCACUGCAUCCAAGAAGAGGAGAAAACACUGAACAAAGAGCCUGGUGUAGUUUUUAAUUUUGAGUUUUCUGACAGAAGAAAAGAUUGGUAUUUUGUGUAUUGAACAGGAAGACUGCCAGUAUUAAAAAGAAUCCUUCUGGGAAACUGUAGGUUAUUUCUUGGAAAUUGCAAUACACAGUUCUAGAAUAAAAGUACAAAAAAUUAGAAUAAGAAUUCUUUAACAUUUUCUUUAAUGAUUUGCAUAAAUGGAGAUAAAACUUGUAUUUAGUAUGUAAUAGAAAAAAUUCUGUUAUUUGCAGAUUGUUACUAUUUCCUAUAACGUUUUGUGAUACUAUACUGUCCUAAUACAGUCUGGUAAUACUAUUCUAUUUUAUUUAAAAUAUUUUUUAUUGAAAUAUUAAUGUUUAUUACAUGCAAAUAACUAUUUUGUAUCUACAGUCUGAUAAUGGAUUUUUUAUUUUGUAUAUUUAUUCUAUUUUGUAUAUUGUUAAGUGCAAUAAAGCUUUUGCCUUGUUUUAUUUUUUAAUACAUAAAACUUACAUUCUCAUAACGUGAUUGAUAACUUAGGAAGUUCACAAUGUAUUUUCUACUUCUGCAAUUAAAUAUUCUUUAGUGCUUGUUUAUUAUUAUUAUUAAAUACUAAUUUAAGUACUAACUUAAGUACUUAAAUACUAAUGUAUGAAGUAUUUAAGUACUUUAAGUACUUUCUAAUAAAAUCUUUAAGAAGAAUAAUGUAAAUUUCAGAAUGUGUCUCUGGUACAGAAUAGUUGAUAUUCACAGAAAAAAAAAAUCUAUACUUCAUGAAUAUGCCGCUCUGUUAAUUUCUUGUUCCAAACACUUUAAUAGAGAUUGCUUGAGCCAUGUUGUUUGAAUUGCUGCCAAUAGCAGACCAUAUCCCUAUCAUGUUGUUGGCUCAACUGUUUUUUUUUUCCCCCCUAAUAGAGACGGGGUAUUGCUAUGUUGCUCAGGCUGGUCUUGAACUCCUGGCCUCAAGCUAUCCUCCUGCCUCAGCCUCCCAAAGUACUGGGAUUAUAGGUGUGAGCUGCUGCACCCAGCUUUAACCUGUUUCACAGUUGAUUAUACUUCAUGCUGUUUUCCAGCAUGGUAUUAUAAGGGAUUUAAAGUUUGGAUUGCAUGCCUGUAAUCCCAGCAUUUUGGGAGGCCGAGGCGGGCAGAUCACGAGGUCAGGAGAUUGAGACCAUCCUGACUAACACAGUGAAACCCUGUCUCUAAUAAAAAUACAAAAAAUUAGCCAGGCGUGGUGGCGGGCGCCUGUAAUCCGAGCUACUCAGGAGGCUGAGGCAGGAGAAUGGUGUGUGAGCCGAGAUCGCGCCACUGCACUCCAGCCUGGGCAACAGAGUGAGACUUUGUCUCAAAAAAAAAAAAAAAAAAAAAGUUUGGGUUGAAGAUCAAAUUUGUGAUAUCUCUAUAUCUAAUCUUUAAAAAUCAGAAUGCUAAUGCUGACCCAAAUAAAAUUUUCAUUUAUUAGCA